AUGGAUGAUGAUGGAUCUGGCACUAUAACGGCUAAUGAAAUCGCGCAAAUGCUGUAUGGAUUUGGUUGUGAUGUUUCGCCAAAAGUUGUUCAAGCUGUCAUGCGAUCAUCAGAUAAAAGUGGCGAUGGGGAGAUCGACUUUGAAGAAUUUCUGGCAGCCGUUACUUCCAAAAUAAAGCUGAACAACUGCAAAGCCGAUAUCCAGGCGAUGUUCAACAAAUUCGAUCGAAAUAAGGAUGGUUUGCUUUCUGCGGAAGAAUUGGUUGUAGCUUGGAGUGAAACACUAAAAACUAGGAUAACUGUGAAAGAAGCCGCUGCUUUAAUUCAACAGGUGCGUUAUGGCAAAAUACUCGUGGAUACAAUUAUAGACUGGAGUUGACG